UUUUUUUUUUUGGAUCCUUAUAAUUCAACCAAUAGGGUUCGAUACUCGAUAUUCGAUGGCACUUAUUUUAAAUUAGACUCGCUAUAUAAAACCAGAAGGUAUGUCGAGCGUCGUCUCACUUGUCAUUACAUUUUAGAAGAAAUUCGUGAUCAUCCGAAAGUGAGAACAAAAUGGGUGAUCUGAAACCACAAGAAAUUGAAACCGCUGAAUUUAUAGUCGAGGUAUUCGGGGAAGAAGAUAAAAAAUUAGAUGGAACAUUAUUAGGAAAAUUCAUGUUUUGCAUGAACAUCAAUCCCAGUCAAGAAAGAUUAAAAACCGCCGGUUUGACAACGAAAAAAGGAGAAAAAGUUUUCACCGUAGAAGAACUUUUGAAUCUCUACAAAGAACUCAAGAAAGAAGUCAAAGAUUUCGGUUGUUACGAGGAUUUCGUCGAAUGUUUGAAACUAUACGACAAAAACGAAAACGGAUACAUGCUGGCGGGAGAAUUGAAUCAUUCAUUAUUAACUUUAGGGGAGAAAUUAACUGAAGCAGAAGUGGACGAAUUAUUCGAUACCUGUUUGGAUGAAGAAAAUGAUGAAGGCGAAAUUCCUUACACACCUUUCCUUAGAAGGAUGUGCGAGCUUGAUCCACCUUUAAAACCAUCAAAAAAAUAAAUAUUGCGUCAUUUCCGAUUAUAUUUUUUUGUUAUUUUACGUAUGGUGUUGUAAUAUAUGCUUAAAAAGAUUAAAA